AUGGAUUCACUAAACAAUCAAUUUAGUUACACUCCAAACCCCACAAAUAACAAUGAACCAAGCAUAACAAGUACAUACACUCCCAUAACAAAACGUCAAGCUAUUUACAACAAUAGCAGUGACAUCUCAUUAACACCAUCUCAAUUGCCGCCACCAAGGCCACUAAGACGUCCAACAAUUAGUGAAAUAUACAGAGGUUACGGAAUGGAAUUAAAUAGUAAAGCACAAGCAGGGUUAGAGAAACAACAAGAAAAAGAUCGAAAGGACGAGUUGAAGCGAGAGAAAAAUGAGUCGUUGCAGUCUUUGUCGAUGAACCCUGAUGGGUUAUUUGGCCGUAGAGGUGAUUUUGGACAGCAGAUGAAGACAAUGUUGAGACAUCAUUUUAUUCUUCAGAAACGUUCCUUUUGUUCUAUUUUCGCUUUUACGGUACUCGCUCCGCUCGUUGUACUUUUACUAAUGCUCGGAAUUCAACGAUCGUCAGACUAUAGUUCAAAACUUGACGAAGUAUUUCGGUAUCUAAAUUUAUCUCUAGAAGAGUUGAGAACUAGUAGUCUGAUUAUCACAGAUGGUAAUGCACCUACUUGGGAUUUGCCAGGAUUAUAUCAAUGCAAUAGUGAUCGAACAGGCGAAACUUUAAGCUUGAGUGAUGAUUCAUUGUCUAAUCUAUACGAACCAUCAAGUAAUCUCGGAAUUGUGCCAACAAACAGCAGCGACUUCAUUUACAACUACACACUCCAAAAUCCCAAAGUUGCGCAAUACGCUGUCUCAUUCCACUACCCAUCCUCAACGCAAAUAGAAUACACAAUCUGGUACAACUUUACCGCAGCCGCAAAUUCCAGCGCCGAUGACGCUUCAGUAUCCGAAAUCAGCAAUAAUCUCGAUUUCGGAUCGAAAAAAGUCAAACCUCAAACCAGCAUUGACUCUCUAAAAAUUGAUCAAUACGGAAACGAGUUAUUAACAAUCAUGCGUGGAAUCGACGAGGCCAUUUUCGCGGCACAAACCGAUGCUUCGGAUGCCAAAAUUGAUAUAAAAAUAAAGGAGUUUCCAAAUAUGCUGAUACAGACUACUACUCCACCAGAAAAUCCUAAUGAUAAGAUUAAUGGAGAUGUGUUUCGAACUAGUGGAAUGUUUUUGGCGUUGCCUGCUCUGCUUGUUUUUGUUAUUAUUGCUGUGCUAGAGGUUAUUACUGAGAAAGAGCUUGGCCAAAGGGGAUGGAUGGAAAUGAUGCAAAUAAACCUAAUCAUGUUUAAUCUUUUCGCAUGGGCAAUGCUCUCACUGGGAUACUUUCUCACGACGAUUUGUAACCGUGCUCCAUUUGUAAUAUCGUUAGUCACAUUCAUAUAUCAAACAAUUGGGACGAGAUACUGGGCAACAUGGUACGGAAAGACACAAAAAGGAUGGAUUAUUGGAUUGUUUUUACCGUUUUUCCAAUUUUCUGAACUAUAUACCCAAAUCGCCGAAAAAUCAACCGAUGGCGCAAGCGAUCUAUUCAAUCCAUUCGAUCCAUCAGCAACCAACGCCACAAGACUUGCGAAAUCGUUCAACUGGACUUCACUGUCUGAAUACGCAUCGAACGAUGGACUAGGGAACAAGAUUAUUAUCGAUGAUAAUCCCGCACUUCCGAAACCGUAUCACGCGUUAAUGUUUCUCGCGUUCCAGAUUGUGUUUUAUGCAAUGUUAGUAUUUAUUGUGGAUCAGGGACCGGGUCUGUUGGCGAAAUAUCGGUUGAAAAAAAAGAUUUUAGAUGAGUGUGAACGUGAAAGACACGUCAUUGUUGAUCUUAAUGAUAGUGAGAAAAGAGAUUUUACACUUGACGAUAUGGAUUCAGAUCUUUUGGAAGAACGAAAUCGUGCUCAAGAUAUGAAUAGACGAUUUGGGCUACGAAUAGUAAGACUUGUGAAAGAGUUCAAAGGAAAAUUCCUAUCCAAUCAAAAAGAACGAAAGGUUGCGGUUAAUGCAUUGUAUUUAGCUAUUGAGGAAGGACAAUUAUUCGCACUAUUGGGUCAAAACGGCGCCGGAAAAACAACCACAAUAUCAAUGCUCGCCGGCCAUCUAGUACCCACGUCUGGCUCGGCAUUUAUCUAUGACAAAAACAUACUCACAGACAUGACAUUAAUUCGCACAUCGAUGGGCAUUUGUCCACAGGAUGACCUCUUGUUUAACGACUUAACAUGCCGCGAACAUAUUGAGUUGUUCUCGGGAAUCAAAGGGCUAUUGUGCACUGAUUUGAGCGGUGGGAUGAAACGACGGUUAAGUGUUGUUAUUGCUUCGAUUGGGGAUCCAAAGAUUAUGAUUUUAGAUGAGCCGACGACUGGUAUGGACCCUGUGAAUAGACGUAAAGUCUGGUCAUUUUUGUCUGAAUAUAAAAAGGGUCGAAUCAUACUAUUGACUACACAUUCAAUGGAAGAGGCAGAUUUACUUGGAGAUCGAAUUGCUAUUAUGAGUAGAGGCAAAAUACGGGCAAUUGGAAAUUCAACACACUUAAAGACAAAGCGUGGAAACGGCUAUACAAUCCAAAUACAAACCAAUCAAAGCAACAUGGUCUUUACACAAAUUCGCGUCGCAAAACUAGUCCCCCUCGCAACGCUUCAAGACGAAAGCGCCGGUUCACUAAUCUACCAGAUUCCGCCCGAGGCGUUAUCCGAGAUUUCGAGUUUGGUCGAUUGGCUGGAAGAGAAUCCGGAUGGUAUGAUUAGCGGGUGGGGAAUUAUGAAUACAACGUUGGAGGAUGUGUUUCUUAAUGUUUCGAGAGCUUGUAAUGACGUGGAUGGUAGUAAUAGAAAUUCUGAAAGUGAACAAAAUGGGCCGAUGAGACGAAAGAGUGUGGCUGCUUCACACUUUUCGGUAUCGUCUUCUUUGUUUGGGUCAAAACAGUAUCAAUGGUCGAGUGUUGGGAUAACAGAUUCUCUUAUACAAAAAUAUCAAACAAUUGUCACCAGUAAAUCUGGUUUUUCUGAGGCUCAGCGGCCGAAUAGUGGGAUAACAGAUGUUGAUGAUCAAAUACUACCAAUACCUUCUAAUUCUAUGCUACAAAAAUAUCAAGCAAGUGUCGCCAGUAACUCACGAAAAAGUGUUUCAUUUGUUGACGACAACUCGUCCUCAUCAGAAAUACAAUUACAGUUGUCAAAAUUGAAAUGUCAAACUCGUGAUAGUUCUAACAUUCAGACAUCAACAUUAUCCAAAGCACAAUCAUUGAACGUUGUUCCGAUCGGACUUCAGCAAAUUAAUGACAACAACGACAAAUACACUACUGACAAUAAAAGUGAGAAUAUUUCGUUGAUAAACUCGCAUCGUAAUUUGGUUGUUGCUAGUCGGGAUAAUACGCAAGAUUUAGAUAUCAAUUUGAACGAUUUGCUGCCACCACAAAUACGAACCAUUCAAAUUAUCAUUAGUCAAAAUGAGUUUGCUGAAACUAUUAUAGAGAAUAAUAGUGGCGAUACUAAUAAUACGUCGUCGGGUGCAACUUGUGAUCGGAAUAACCUUCCAAAACAGCGAUACAAAGAUGCACAAACUGGUUCAUAUGAAGAACACGAAACAGAUAAAGCGGCUGAGGAUCUCAGUAGUAGUACUGAUAGUAGGACAAAUAGUAAAUUUUCAUGUGGUGAAGAAUUUGUUCGACAACAACAGCAAAAUUAUUCGUCUCCAUUAUCAUCUUCCAUUUCGAGACCUCAUCAUCAACGUAACGAAUCUAUCAGAAUAUUAUCACUUGAGGAAUCUCCGCAGCAAAAUUCGUCAUUUUCACGUCCGCAGAUCGAGAUGGCAUCAUCGUUACAGCAAAGUCUACGACUUGAAAAUGAAAACGAAAAUAACGAAAACCGCCAACGUGUAUAUUUUGAAGGAAAAGAAGAUGAUUCACGGGUUAAAAAUGAAAAAGAAAGCGCGUCUUUUUCGUUGAAAGAGGAAUCUUCUACGCAGCUUCGAAUUAUUGUAACCGAAGAAA